UGCAUUGAUGUUCAGCGGUAAAAUUGGGACAGCCUUAAGCUCCAAAUUUUGGAGAAUUUACAAAUACUGCUUCUUCAGUGCAUCGGAGUUUGUAACUAAAUUUUAAAAAUUUGAAAAAAGUCCCCAUCUUCUAAUUUCUAUCGAUUCACCUCUACCAUUAAUACCUCCUCCCUCAUGACCGCUGACAUCAACUACAAACCUUACGUCCUCUCCGAGAAGCAAACCGACUGGGUCGCUGAUCUCGAGUUGGAUUCAGCAUCGCAGUCGGGAAUGGGCCAAGAUCCCGUAAAGGUUCUGGUUUUGUACGGUUCGCUUCGCAAGACUUCGUAUUCACGAUUCCUAGCCUAUGAAUUUGCUCGCAUUUUGGAUAAACUUGGGGCUGAUGUCAAAGUUUUUGACCCUACUGGAUUGCCGGUCAAAGACGAUGUGUCUCAAAACCAUCCCAAGGUACAGGAAAUCCGAGCGUUGAGCACAUGGUCGCAAGCGCAAGUGUGGGUUUGUCCUGAACAGCAUGGAGCCAUUACUGCCGUGUUCAAAAACCAGAUUGACUGGAUUCCCUUGUCCAUUGGAUCCGUGCGUCCUACCCAAGGACGAACGCUGGCUGUUGCUCAAGUCAGUGGGGGAUCUCAAAGUUUCAACACCGUGAACACCUUGCGACUUCUCGGAAGAUGGAUGCGCAUGUUCACCAUUCCAAACCAAUCAUCUGUUCCCAAAGCAUGGACUGAGUUUGAUUCCAAUGGGAGGAUGAAGGAGUCUGACUUGCGGGAUCGGGUGGUGGAUGUUGCUGAAGAAUUAUUCAGAAUGACGCUUGUGCUUCGUCCCCAUGCUGAUCGUUUAGUCGAUCGAUACAGUGAACGCAAAGAGAAACUUGAGAAAGGACGCUUGCUCACUCAACAAGAGAAGGAAGAAUUCAAAACCAUGGCGAAAUAGCCCGGAUAACCCGCUCGCUCGCCAUGCCAAUAGAAUACACUCAGCAUCGCUUGUCGGUCAUUUCACAUGU